AUUUUUUAGAAAAAUUACUUUCAAAUUAAUUUUGAAUUUCAAUAAUAUAAUAAGUAAUUUAAAAACGCAAAAAACUGUAAAAUUAGGAAAAUGCCACCAAAAGCAGAGAGUGUUGUCAAAAAUAAAGAGAAAAAUAAAAAAAAGAAACCCUUACCUAAAAGAAGAUGUUCACCAAAAUAAAUUUAUCAACAGGCCAGUGAAUGUAGGAGCCCCAAUGGCUCAAAGAGUUUUACCGCCAACCGUUUGUUGUCCUUCCUUUGGAAGUAACGUCAAUUAUUGUCUUCCUGGUCCUGGAUGCUGGCGAUCCUGAUUUUUUUUUAAUUAUUUAAAAAAACAUAAUUUAGAAUCUAAUCUUUCUUUAUGGACUGAAAUGACUAAUUAUAAAAUUAACAAAAAGAAGCAAACUCUGUCAUCAGGUCAAUAAAAAAAUGAUUAAAAAAAUAUCAUCGGAAAGCGACGUAAACCCGUAACUUCCGUUGAAGAGUGUCAAAAUCAGCUGACUGAUUUUCAAACAUAUAAAAAAAGUGGCCUAAAUAAUUAAAAACUUCGGAAAAGGAUCGGUUGGCAAUCAAAGUUUCGCAACAUGGCCACCAAAUCAAUAAAGAACUGUCAACGCCUGCAAGUUUAACUCAAAAAAAUGGACAGAAACGUGUUUUGAAAAUGCGCGAAACCCGUAAACCUUCAGAAAAUAGCAGUUUUGAAACAUUAUUCCAGUGUUGUGCGUGUCUUUAAAAAGUGUUUAUUAACCCUUCAAAGCGAGUGAAACUCGAACCUAACCUCAAAAAUCGAGUUGUGGCUUCUGUCAAAGCUAACUGUAAACAUACAUGAAUUUCUACAAGAUUUCGGUAUUUUUGAGGGGCUCAAGUUUUUUAAUUAAUAUUUUAAUGCAGUAAGAGUUUUAUAAUAAAUUUUUAAUUAGAGAAAAAGUGAGUGAUAUCGGAUUUUGGAAGAAGUGAAAAGUUUCUUUUAAUAUGGACAUUUUGAGCACUUUUUUUUUAUCAGUUUUUACCUUCCUUUGUGGAAUAGGAUGUACGCUAUUGUUAGAAUUUUACGUAUUCAAAAAAUACAUAGAGUCGGCACCGGAAGCGAGUCCGCCGAAGAAGCCAGUUCCUCAUGGAAAAGCGGAAUUACCUGAGGAAUUGCUGUCGAAAAUAAAGGAGGAAAAAAGUAAUUUUAAUGCGAGUCCUUCGAGACAGGGUUUUAACCAGGGAAAUGAAAAUCUUGCGAUAAAUCUGACUCUGCAGUUUUUAUUUAAUGAACUUAGAAACGCUGAACGAGUUCGUCUCUGGCUUUAUCGGAAACUUAACAAUGAGUUUAAGGAACUUUUAAAUCAGACGACGACUGGCAGACUAUUUGAUAGUGUUCAGCUUCGAGAUUUGCACUUGGGAAAUCAAUUUCCAAUGAUAAAAGGAUUGGAAGUUGCGGAUUCGAAAAUUUGUGCUGAUACCGGGCUUUUGGAAACUCUGGAUCUUUCCUUGGACUUACACUACUCGGGAAAUUUUCAGUUAUCGAUUGAUGUGAAAAUGCUUUUGGGAAAAACUGCAUAUUUGGCUCUGCAAGUAAAACGAGUAACCGGAAAGGCAAGGCUUCAGUUCACUCGCGUUCCUUAUACUCAUUGGUCUCUGAGUUUCUACACUGAUCCAAUUUUGGAAUUGGAAGUGCAAUCGCAAUUUCAAGGAAGACAAUUGCAGCCGCAAAUUAUUUCGUUAAUUACGGGGCAAAUCAGGAGAGCAGUUCGCCGGAAACAUACUUUACCUCGUUAUAAAAUGAGGUAUAAACCCUUCUUCCGCAGGCUCAACGACGAGGACAUCGACUUAUCCGAGGUAGCAAGUACUCAGCUAACUCCCGGCUACCUAGAAGUGAUCCUCCUCGAAGUGAGUCGUCUCAACCUGGACCCAUGCUCACAAACACAGACAGAAAAUGCCCAAUUCGAAAUUUACUGCACGAUGAAUGUUGACUCAACCCCCUGGGUUUGUCUGACCCGAUACGGCGGAGUUCCCUACAUGGUCCUGGACCUGAUCAUCAGCAAAACCAGCUCCCAGCAACUCGGGGUCGUUUUCAAGCAAGAAAUAGUACCCGAAAUUGGACAAAAUUGCGUCCUCGUCGAGACAAUCGUGACCGGAAGUCCAGCCUCGAUAGCCGAAAUGAAACGAGGCGACAUUCUCGUCGCCGUCAACGGGAAAAAAGUCGCGAAUAUGAACCAAGUGGCCAAAUUGGUGAAGAGCGCCACCCAGCGGCGCUUUAUAAUCAGAGUCGAGAGGAAAUAUUUAAAUUGGACCAAGGCCGAUUUCGAUAAAACCUCUCUCGAUUCUGGAAUCAGCAGAGGCGAUCCGAUCGAAGAAGUCUCGAAAAAAAUUGAGAGCCAGAUUAAAUUUUCCGAGCUCAAGGAACCGGAUUUCGAAAAUCUGGAUACGGCGAGUAAAUUAUUCUGGAGACGGAAAAGUAGUGCUCAGUGUCCGGCUGAGGACGUUUUUCAAACACCGGAAACACCAAGAAGAAUUUCGACCGUCUCGAAUCUGUCCUCGAGUUCCGCUUAUUUGGAUGAAGUUUGUGUUCCGAAUUUGCCGGAUUUGUAUUGUUUUACGACGAAGGAGAAGGAAUUUGCUUCGGUGAUUACUUUCGAGGAUACGAGGAGUUUUAGGAUUGAUUCUGAGCAUCAGUUUUUGAAUAUUGGGGUUUGGUCGAGAAUGAAGAGUGGAGAGUUCCCGACAAAGUUGCUCGGAUAUAUUAAUGCGCCGAUUAAACUUAUUUUAGCGCAGUGUUCGACAUCUUCUACUGGACAUUACAUCAAGUGGCAUGCACUCUUGCCCCCAGAUUCUGCGGUUGCUACUUCUUCGAUUAAUUCGAAACUACAAGGAUAUUCAGGAUUCGAUCCGACUCUCUGUUAUGGGGAUAUUUUGUUGUCGUAUGGUUGGGUUUCAUCGCAAUCCCAAAAGCAAACUACAGAAGAUAGUGUAAAAAAGGGAUCUGGGGAAAGCCCAAAAAGUCAGCCCGCUGCCAGUGAAGAGCAUGUGAUGAAAAAGCAUGAUUUUAUCAGAACCCAUUUUCACCGAGCCACGCACUGCGAUUUUUGUACAAAAAAGAUUUGGUUGAAAGACGCUGUCCAGUGUCGAGAUUGUGGUCUCGUUUGCCACAAAAAGUGCGAAUCCCGCUGUCUGGCUGCCGGAGCCUGCGGAGCCGAAAGUCUCACGUCUGUGGCGUUUGAAGCCGACGAAGUAGAAACUAACGUUCUUACCGGGGAGGCAGGGCCAGAAAUUUCCCUUACAGGUUGUGAAGAAACUGUUCAGGGCGCAGGUAUGAUGGCCAUGAGGGCCAGCCUAGCUAACACGCUGCUGGGCCUGAAGAAGGCCGGAAGUACAAGUUGUUUGGCCCCUCCGUCUGCUGGUUCUGGUUUGGCAUCCAGAAGCCUUCCCCAAAGUCCCUGCGCAUCCCGCAAGAAUUCCCUUGUCGGAGGAUUGGGAAUAAGUCCUGAUCUGUUAGAGGGAGCUGAGCCAAGUGUAGCUUCGACACUUUUAGCUGGAGAUUUGGAUGAUGGACUGAUGUCGAGAGCCAAGGAUACUGGAAAGUAUCUCUUCAAGAACCUGGAGCCACAAGACCGACUCGAGAAGAUUAACUCUAUGAUAACAAAACUAAAGACUGCACUCGACAUUGAAACUACCUCAAGAGUAGAAUUAUCUCAAAGCAGCGAACCUGAUAGUGUCAAAUUGAUAGCUCAAAGCGACUUGAGAGUACAAGCGCUAAGCGUUUUAUUAUUGCAUUACUGCACUGGUUUGCAAAGUGCCCAAGAAGCUUUGGAACGACCCAAUUUCGAUAAAGACUUAUAGUGAUUGUACAUUUUUGUAAA